AUGCCACCCGCGGCCACUUUCUUCCACACCCUUAUCUUCUUCCAUUCCCCGCCACCACCAAAGGCAUCGUGGAGCUGGUGGUAUAGGAUCGACCACCCGGCCCGGGGCGUGGCCAAGGCCCAGAAGUUCGCGGAGAAUGUUGAUGGGCAAGAUCUCCACGAGAUAGUUCUGCAAGUGGCUGGCAGCGCGACCGGCCUAUGGUCCGUGGAGGUGAUAUUCGGCCGCAUAUGCCAGAUGUACCUUCACAACGGCUGGAGGCGGUUCAUCCGCGCACACAUCAUUGAAGUCGGGCACUUCGUCUUCUUCAAGUACGACGGCCACGGCAUGGCCACCGUCAAGAUCUUCGACGCGACCAUGUGCCGCCACCACUACCACUCUGACGAGGAUGACUAG